CAAAAUGGCCGCAACCAUUAAAAUGAAAAUGUUGAGAAAUUUUACUGAUUUUCUCCUCAAAAGUUUCGCCUAACUAAGUGACUCUGCCUGUAAAUGUGCAUCAUUUGAAGCACGAAUGGAAAAGUGAAAUCCGUUUUAUUGUGAAAAUCUAUAGUAAAGAAAUCAUGCGGUCAGUUUUGAUGGUGGCGGAGAAACCGUCACUGGCACUUUCCCUUGCCCAAAUCCUUUCAAAUGGCCAGUGCAAAUCCAGGAAAGGGUCCAAUGGAGCCUGUUCUGUGCACGAAUACACUGGACGAUUUCGUGGCGACGCUGUCAAAUUCAAGAUGACAUCUGUCUGUGGUCAUGUUAUGAGCCUUGAUUUUAUUGGAAAGUACAACAACUGGGAUAAAGUUGACCCUGCUGAGCUGUUCUGUGCUCCAACUCAGAAGAAGGAAGCCAAUGUCAAUCUCCACAUGCCAAACUUCCUGGAGAGAGAGGCGCAGGGAUGUGAUUACUUGGUUCUCUGGUUGGAUUGUGACAAAGAAGGAGAGAACAUCUGCUUUGAAGUCAUUGAUAGUGUGAGGCAUGUGAUGAGAGGAACAGCUCUUGGCCAACACAUCUUCCGUGCAAAGUUCAGUGCUAUUACUGAAAGUGAGGUGAAGCGAGCCAUGGAUCAUCUUGGCAUCCCUAACAAGAAUGAAGCCAUGUCUGUUGAUGCCCGUCAAGAGUUGGACUUGAGGAUUGGAUGUGCCUUUACAAGAUUUCAGACAAAGUUCUUCCAGGGGAAGUAUGGUGACUUGGAUAGCAACCUGAUUUCAUAUGGUCCUUGUCAGACUCCAACCCUUGGCUUCUGUGUGGAAAGGCAUGAUAAGAUCCAAUCAUUUAAACCAGAACCAUAUUGGGUUCUUCAAGUCCAGAUCACGCACCCUGGUGGCAGAGUGAUGAGUGUGGACUGGGAGCGCAUGAGAAGCUUUGAUAAAGAGGUGGCUCAGAUGUUCUACAACUUAGUCAAGAACUCAGAUGGUGCAAGGGUCCUGGAUGUCACACAGAAAGAGAAGGUCAAGCAACGGCCAAUGGCUCUCAACACAGUUGAGAUGUUAAGGAGUGCCAGCUCUGGGCUGGGUAUGGGUCCACAGCAUACGAUGCAGACUGCAGAGAAGCUUUACACUCAGGGUUAUAUCAGUUACCCGCGGACAGAGACCACGCACUAUCCAGAGAGCUUUGAUUUAAAGGGAACUCUCCGUGCACAGCAGAACAGCUCUGACUGGGGUGAGUUUGUGCGUGACAUUUUGAACCAAGGGAUCCAGAAGCCAAGAAAGGGACAUGACGCUGGUGACCAUCCUCCUAUCACGCCCAUGAAGUGUGCAACUGAGGCAGAGCUUGGUCAUGAUGGGUUCAAGUUGUAUAACUUCAUCACAAGGCAUUUCAUUGCUACUAUCAGCCCAGACUGCCGUUACAUGCUGACUACGGUCACAUUUGAGAUUGGUGAUGAGCGCUUCUCCUGUGCUGGUAAGCGCCUCCUGGUGGAAGGAUUCACCGGCGUGUGUCCGUGGCAGGCUAUUACUCAGGAUGAGACGAUGCCCGUCUUCAAAAUUGAUGAUUUCUGUCCAAUGCAAGAUGUGAAAAUAGUUGAGAAGCAGACAACACCGCCAGACUACCUGACAGAAUCUGAACUCAUCACUCUGAUGGAGAAACAUGGCAUCGGCACUGACGCCAGCAUCCCCGUCCACAUCAAUAACAUCUGUGAGCGGAACUACGUCAGCGUCCUUGGUGGCAGGAAGCUGAAGCCACAGCCGUUAGGCAUCGUGCUCGUGCACGGCUACCAAAAGAUCGAUCCCGAGCUCGUCCUGCCAACAAUGAGAGCUGCAGUAGAACAACAAUUGAAUCUCAUCUGUCUUGGGAAGGUGCCCUUCACGGCCGUCACACAGCACGGCAUUGAUAUCUUCCAGCGCAAAUUCAAAUAUUUUGUUGAGAAUAUCAACGGGAUGGACGAUCUGUUUGAGGUCACCUUCUCUCCUCUAGCUGCAUCAGGGAAAUCACUUUCAAGAUGUGGUAAAUGUCGUCGCUAUAUGAAGCUGAUUGCUGCCAAGCCGAGCCGUCUCCACUGUGCUAACUGUGAUGAUACGUACAAUCUGCCACAGAACGGAAACAUCAAGUUAUACAAGGAAAUCAAGUGUCCGCUCGAUGAUUUUGAGUUGGUGUUGUGGACGACUGGAGCAAAGGGAAAGUCAUAUCCACUGUGUCCAUACUGCUUCAACAAUCCACCGUUUGCCGACAUGAGGAAGGGAAUGGGCUGUAAUGAGUGUAACCACCCAACAUGUAUGCAUGCCCUCGCUCAGACGGGUGUCUCUAACUGUGUCGAAUGUGAAUUUGGCAUCCUCACUCUCGAUCCGACAUCGGCCCCCAAGUGGAGACUCUCUUGUAAUAAGUGCAACGUCGUUAUCAAUGUGUUCGAGGACGCGCACAAGGUGUUGGUCGCGGAUGAGACUUGUGAGGAGUGUGGAUCUAGCGUGCUCGCUGUUGACUUUCAUCGGGAAAAAUCUCCAUUAGACGAUGGCGCCACUGAACACACUGGCUGCAUGUUCUGUGACGCGGUGUUCAAACCUCUCGUCGAGAUGCAUUACGCCAAAAUGAAACGGUCGGGAAAUCGUUCACGUGGCGGUGGUGGGGGUAGAGGCCGUGGUGGACGGGGUCGUGGCGGACGGGGACGAGGUGGACGUGGGAGAUAGAUGUGCUACAGUGGAACCUCAUUUUAAUGAUCGCCUCCUGGUUUGGCAAGAUAGAAACUUGGAACCUUAUCCUCGGACAUGCCUUUUUUGCCAUACCUUGCUGAGACUCCCCAGGGGCUGGAUGACGCUAUGGUUCCACUGUAUUAUUACACCUCUCUAUGGACUGCUAAUAGAUAAUGAUUUGUAACCUUCAAAUAGUGAUUUCUCAGUUCACAAGUUCAGAACAAAACAGCAUCGAAUUCGGAAUGAUUUGACAAAAAUCUACAUGAAAUAGUGACAGGAAUAUUUGUAUGUAAGACGUUGAAAGACUGAGGUGAAAGGUUGAAGACAUGCAGCAGAGUACCUCACUGUUGCCGUGCCUACUGUCUAGUUGCAGUGUCCUGUAUAGAGGGCAGGUUCUGGAAGCAUGACAGUCCACAAAGACAGAAGUGUUCUAAUAACAGUUUCCUGCACACUUUCCAAUGAACAUCAUUUGCAGCCUUGCAGCGAUGUUGCUAAAGGUUUGUUAAAAAACAUCAAAGUCACUUUAACUGAAGAACAUGACAUUUCUUUAUGAAGUUUGAUACUGAACUUAUCAAUUUCAAAGUAAUAAAAGAA